AUGACUGCUAACAUGACUUCCACUCAGUUUGUGUCAUCAAUGAAUGAAACAUUUUUUCGUCCAACAUUUUACAUUAGUGGACUUUACAACAUUCCACAUGCAAAGUACUACUAUGCAUUUUUAUGCUUUGUGUAUGCUGUGACUGUUUUAGGGAAUUCUUUUAUAAUGGGAACCAUCUACCUGGUGCGGAGUCUACACACUGCAAAGUAUUUAGCAGUUUUCAACUUAGCCUUCUCUGAUCUGUGUGGGAGCUCUGCUCUCAUUCCAAAGCUUCUGGACAUGUUUCUGUUUGAUAACCAGUACAUAUCAUAUGAAGCGUGUUUGGCAAAUAUGUUUUUUGUGUAUUCUUUUAUGACUCUACAGUCUCUUACUCUGCUUGCUCUGGCUUAUGACAGACUGGUUGCUAUAUGUUUCCCUCUGAGGUAUCAUGCUGUUGUAACCAAAAAAGCUAUGAGUUUGAUCAUAGGUAUUAUGUGGAUUGUCUCUGUAACUUUAGAUGCACUCCUUGUAUCUCUGGUUACUAGAUUGUCCUUCUGUAGAUCUACUACAGUUAACAGCUAUUUCUGUGAUCAUGCACUUAUAUCUAAAUUAGCCUGCAAUGAUACAUUUGUAGAUUCUAUAAUGGGCUAUGUCUGUAUAUCUGUUCUGCUUUACAUUCCAUUGAUACUGAUAACUUCCUCAUAUAUUUGUAUUGGUUUGGCAUUGCAGAAAAUUGCACAUGUUCAGCAAACCAAAGCAAUGAAAACCUGUUCCUCACAUGUCAUAUUAGUGGCUUUAUUUUAUGUACCAAUUAUUAGUGUUUACACUGCAGGUUUUACAACUUUUGUAGAUACAAAUGUCAGAAUUAUCAACACUGCCCUAACACACACUAUUCCACCCAUGUUAAACCCAAUCAUAUACACUCUCAAGACAGAGGAGGUCAUGAAUUCAGUUAAAGUACUCUUUAAACGAUCCAAGGUGAAGUCUGCACUGAACAGACCUGUGAGGACUUAA